AUGGUGCUGCUGACUAUGAUCGCGAGGGUGGCGGACGGGCUCCCCCUGGCCGCCUCCAUGCAGGAGGAUGAGCAGUCAGGUCGGGACCUGCAACAGUAUCAGAGCCAAGCUAAACAGCUUUUCCGGAAGUUGAAUGAACAGUCGCCUACCAGAUGCACCCUAGAAGCAGGAUCCAUGGCUUUCCACUACGUUAUUGAGAAAGGGGUGUGUUACCUGGUGUUGUGUGAGGCCACCUUCCCCAAGAAGCUGGCCUUUGCAUAUCUGGAGGAUUUGCAUUCCGAGUUUGAUGAACAGCAUGGAAAGAAGGUGCCGACGGUCUCCAGGCCUUAUUCCUUCAUUGAGUUCGACACUUACAUCCAGAAAACCAAAAAACUCUACAUUGACAGCCGGGCAAGAAGGAACUUAGGCUCCAUCAAUACAGAGUUACAGGAUGUGCAGAGAAUCAUGGUGGCCAACAUUGAAGAAGUCUUACAGCGAGGAGAGGCGCUCUCAGCUUUGGAUUCCAAGGCCAACAACUUGUCCAGUUUGUCCAAGAAGUACCGUCAAGAUGCAAAGUAUCUUAACAUGCGUUCCACCUAUGCCAAACUGGCAGCCGUAGCUGUGUUUUUUAUCAUGUUAAUAGUCUAUGUGAGGUUCUGGUGGCUGUGAGAUGUUGGCAGUCACUGGAGAGGGAGAGCCUGUAGCAUGGCAGGUGUAUGUGUGCAGCACACUUUGUUCACGGGGAUGUGCAUUAGAAUCCACACAGGACUGUCACCUUUAAGGGUGUGUCCUGAAAAUGAUACCUGAGUACUACACUGCUUAGUGAAUCUUAAUUAAUCAUAGGUAUAAAGUCUUCUUGGUGGACUAGAGGCUUUUCCUAUGAGGCACUAAACACUAGGGACUUGGUAGAGUGUGGCUUCCCAGUGUACUAAACUCAUUAACAGUGCUGUUUGAUGUGUCCUGGAGCAGUUAAUCAGUGAAGUUUAUCCUAAUCAGGCGGUACUGGCAAUAGUCACUUCUUCCUCCCUUUUAAAAAGUAGCUCUAGUGGGAAAUGGACUCUAAUGAACAUUCCUUGU